AUGAAAAGUUGCCUAACUUCUGCUGCAAUUGUGGCAUCCUGGGCCAUUUUGAAGAAAAUAUGCAAGGAAGAACUUAUUCAAGAAGAAGAAGUACAGUACGGGAGAUGGCUGAGAGCUAUGUCGCCAGUUAAGCGGGUCAAGUUCAGAGGAGGAUCUGAAGUAGGGACGUUGACGACGCUGUGGAUGGAAGCGAAGCUAAAGAGGUCCGAUAACAGUUCCGAUGAAUGGAUGGCGAGUCGGGUAACUCCUGAGAUGACGGUUCAACUGCCUUCUGGGGCACCUCGAAGGAAGUUAUUCGAUUUUAUUAAACCGGGGGCCGAGACAAAAAAAAAGUGA